AUGGCAAUGAUCCAACCUGGCAACUCCGGGUUCCUGGCAGCUGUCAGGCUUGCGCCGUGCUACAGCGAAUCGCGGCACUCUGUAGUCCAGGGGCGGACUGUUCUUUCCCCACUGUCGGAUUCUAUCCUGGCAGAGAAGACUGUGACUGUGUUGGAUGACAAGGUGACCAUCACUGACCUGGGAGUCCAGCUGGUUGCAUCUCUGUCCAUCAGUAUGACAGCAAGUCCUGGAAAUUACCAGGCUAUUCAGCUUACAACUACAGCAACAGACCUGUUACACACACCUAAACAGGAAGCAGCAAUCAGUUCCUGGAUCCAGUACAGUGAUGGUUCAGUGACUCCUCUUGACGUCUAUGAUCCAAAAGACUUUCUUCUCUCGGCUGUGUCAUUGGAUGAGAGUGUCAUCUCCAUAACCAAUCAGGAACAACACUGGCCUAUUGUAGUGGCAGAGGGCGAGGGACAGGGAGCCCUGGUUCGAGUGGAGAUGGUCAUCUCUGAGACCUGUCAGAAGUCCAAAAGGAAGAGUGUGCUGGCAUCUGGAGUUGGCAAUGUGGUAGUGAAGUUUGGAGCAAAAAGUGAAGAGAGGGGUGUGAUGGGUAGAAGUGGACAGGACGACGGAGCAGGGACCGACAACAGCACCAGCGAGCACCAAGCAAAGGAUGGAGGAGAGUGGAAAUCCAACAGUGCAGCUGUGGAUCGAGAGGAAGGAGCAAUGAGGAAGGUUAGCACAACCACCAAGAGCGCAGUAACCCACCGUGCUUCAGGUGGCAAAGCUGCCAGUGGAGGCAGCAGCAGCAGCCGGGGUGGGGGUCCCAGCCAGGCCGGGGACCACAGUAGCUACCCAGCACAGGUGGAGUUACCAGGCACUGGAGAUAGUGAGCUGACUCAGACCACGAGAGGACUGUCGGACCUGGAGAUUGGAAUGUAUGCCCUUCUGGGUGUAUUCUGUCUGGCAAUACUGGUCUUCCUCAUCAACUGCGUCAGUUUUGCAUUCAGAUACCGUCACAAGCAGGUCCCUGUGCUGGAGGCGGGAGACAACAUGAACCACGCCCAUGACUGGGUGUGGCUUGGCAAUGAGGCUGACCUUUUAGCUGACCACUCUGACCAAUGCCAGGGCGGGCUGCAUGAUGAGUGCACCACUAUCAUUGACAGGAAUGAGGGAGGAUACGAGGAGAACAAAUACCUCCUGAACGGGGCUGGCAACACCUUGAUGAUGGGCGUGGGCUCAGGCAUGGGAACCAUUAGUGGGAGAGGUGGUCCAGGGGGACAUCGUGGCAUCGCCCAUGGACAAACCCUGCCCAGAUCUGUUGCAGAACCACAUCAGUGCCUUUCUGCAAUGCCUACUAGUGGAAAAAAAUCCACUUGCCAAGGGGAGCAUCUGAAUAAUUCCCCCCGGGCCACGGCUGCAGCUGCGGUUGCAGCUGCCAAACGCAAACGCGUCCAGUUCACGUCUUUUGCCACCGUUCUGCCAAAUGAUAAUUCCGGUGGGGGUGGCCCAUACACCAACUCUUCAGUCAUGUUGACCAAUGGCAGUGAGGAUGACAUAAAGUGGGUGUGCCAGGAUAUGGACCUUGGUCAGUCUGAAAUCAGAACCUACAUGGAGAGGCUACAAGACAAUCUGUGACUGAUGGGAAAGGGACAGAGAAAUGGAGGGGCACAGGAUGAGUGCAGGAGGGGGAGUAUGGACAAUGAGUACAAUUCACCUGUAAUGCCUUUGCAAUGGAUGAAGGGAGGGAGACAGGGAGGAAUAUGAGAUCAGUAAAUGAAACUCGAAGUGUUGCCAAGAGUUUAAAAGAUUAUUGAAUGGACAGUGAAGGGAAAGCAUACCUUUAGCUCCCCUUUGGCUGUGGAAAGCAUACUGUCAUUACUUGCUUAAACUGACAUCAAUGGUAGCAAACAAUAAUAAACCUUAUGAGUUAAUUUAUAAUUUAUAAUUUAUUUGUGAAAAUAUUAGUGUAAGAAUCAAUAAUAAAGUUACCAUUGGUUAUAAGUGUUUAUUUUCAGAAUACUAGUAAACCAUUGCGCUAUACAGUAAAUUCAGGGUAUGUUAUUAGACAAACAUUAUCAUGCCACUAUACAUUUAGACCAAGGAUGGUAAGAGCAUCAUUUCUGAAGUAUUUUUAAUCAUAAUUGCCAGCAUUGACUGUGGCAUUUGAUUUAUCAUUUAUAAAUCUAUUAAUGAAUUACCAAGUUUGCUGAUGAUUAUAAUUACUGAAAAAAAAGUGCACAUCAAAUAUACUACCUGUUUGUUUUUGUUCUAUCAUGUGACCCAUUUUCUUUUGGCAUUGCUCAUAAAUGAAAUGUAUCAUGUAAAAAUAUAUAUAUUCCAAGUACUCAACCAUAACUUCGGACACCUGUGGGGGCUGCCAUUCAGCAUUAAAUACCAUCAUGCUAUUUCCUCAAACAACAGAAUGUUUCAAGAGUUGGAUGAUGAUGUGAAAUACAAAAGACUGUUUCUCCCUUGGAUCCAAGACAGAGGCAUAUAAACCUGCACAAUAACAAACAGGAAAUGACAUUAGCCAUAUUUCAGGCUGACUUCCUUUUUUGUGAAACCUUCCAGCCAAUGACGGGUUUCUCCCUGUGUUCACAACCAAUCGCAUCAUCCCCAGGCCCCUUCCCUUGUCUGUGACUGGACAGCAUUAGACACUUUUGGAACUGCAGUAUACAGUGAAAUACUCUCCGUGAACUAAAGGGGGACUGACUGAGGUGUCUCAUACAAAAAAGAGGCUGCUUGGGCUUUGCAAAGCCAGAGCGAACUCUUAAUAAUGAGGAUUAUUUAAAACAGAAACCAGGAUGGCUACAAGAUAGACCCUUUCCUACAUGGAGCUAACAGGAUAUAAUGAAUGACAUUACAAUGCCAAGUGGAGUGACACAAACAGUCGCAUAGAUAGUGGUUCAUAAAACAUGUUUGUUUUGUUGACAAUAAUUAUGUAUUUCUUUUCCUAAUUUUUUUUUUUUAUAAAUAGUUUUUAUUAUGUUUUUCCAUCAAUUUGGAAGAUAUUAAUUGUAGCUUUUUAUUUCCAAGAUUUAUUAAGAUUUUAAGGAUAUAUGAUUAUUUUUUUUCUCCUAAAUAUCUAUUUAUUUAAAUUAACAUUUGAGGGGGUGAGGAGGGCAAAAAAAGCCCAAGGGCAAAUAUUAAACAGAUCUGCUGGUGAAUGAUAGCACAUUAAAAGAACAAGUGAAAGGAAGGAGACAGAACAGGUAGAGGUUGCCUCACCUUCUUUAAGCUCAGGUGACGAGUCAUAAAGAACUGACAAUACAAAAGGAGAAUUGUAAGAUUGUUAAGAUUGCAAUAUUUAUUUAUAAAUGUGUUACUGUUUCAAAGUACACUGUAUGUUGUAGAUAAAUAAACAUGCUUCAAAGUGCUUGUGAAUAAGAUUGCAGAUCACUAGCCAACAACAUAGUGAUAUUUUGUACAUUUUACAGUGCAAUAUGGUACACAAAACUAUCUGUACCACUUUGCAAUAAGACUACCCUUAUAAAGGAUUCAUAAAGGGUUUAUAAUUAGGUUAUGAAUUAGGUUGUAAACACUUUAUUAAUCAUUAAGAACCAUUUAUAAACCAGUUCUAACAUACAUCAAAACAGGCUCACUAUUUUGCAAGAUGACUAAGCCUUAUAUUGGCUACUUAGCGAGAAUCAACUCAGUGAGCAACAGAUACCAAGGAUGCUGGCUGA